AUGCCUUUAUUUUACCAAAGCAUACUGCUUGUCCGUAAAAAGGACACACAACCAAGCAGUGCACGAUAUAUUCACUACACGAGCAAAGCGCGUGAUAGACUUUGUCACUGCUGGAACCCUCAUUCUCACGAGCGCUGGUAUCCGGUCGAUGAUACAGAGCUAGAGCGACAUUUACACAACUACUUUCAAUCUUCGGGAAAAAUAUCGAUCAAGUUGAAGAAGCCACAUUAUGUGGAUCGAGGAAAGAGUCUCGUAUGUAUUUGUAGGGAUGACCGGCAUGAUCAUCUGAAGGAGGUGCGGAAUAGGGUCAUCCAAUAUUUGGUCACGCGCUUCUUUGAGACCUGCCCAACAGCUGUCAUGUGCAGCCGCGCAGAAUGGAGAUUGUAUCAUCAACGAUUCGGUCCACCGCAAAUAAACAUUAUUUCAGAUCUAGGGACUCGAAACUAUGGCUCUUCUCCAUGGCACCUUGAAAGGGAGGCACAUUUCUUCAACACCGGCCGUACUGCAAAUCUUCUACGAAGCACCUCUACAGGUUCGAUGCGCGAUCCAGGAUGCAAGACUAGAAUCUACAGGCGUGAAUAUUUACCAUCAGAGGCAAUAGUGCGAUGUUCGCACAAUUGCGACUCAGCACGCUUGCCCCGAAAAUCGUCAGAGUCUUGUCCAAUCCGAUGUCGAAUCGUUGAGCCAAUGUAUCUCUCCGUGGAUGGCUUAUCCGGGAAGCACCUCGCGCAACGGGAAAACGGAACGAUUCUGAAUUAUUCGAAUGAAACCUGCAGCCGACUUGAAUGCAAAGCAAAACACUACCAACCCAACCGGCCGAACUUUCCUAGAACGCCUUACGGUCAAUCAAGGCCAGAUCCAUAUGAGUCGGCAAAUACUCAAGAUUCGGUGCACACUUCUGCUACACUACCGGAUCUAUGUAGUAAAUACAGAGGUUCUUCCAGGCCUUCUAAUAGAGCCGGAUGGUUCCAUGCUUGUUGCCAUGGAUGUGCAGAACCCGCUUUCUGUGAUGACUGCGCGUCGAGCAGCCCCAGCACAUCGAUUACUGCUAUGACGUCUCUCACAACACGGCCAAACACUUCUCACCAUAUCCCGAAACGGACACCAAGGGUGAGGUUUGCUCCUGAUCCUUCGACAUGGCGAAACAAUGAGAACGAUGAGCCCAGUUAUGCCACAACCUUGCACCAGCCAUCUAAUUGGAAAAGCCCGACGGUAGAGGCCACCUCAGAAGAUGAAACUGCAGAUUGCAAUUAUCACAACUAG